AUGCCCUCGCCAUUCUUUUUCCUGGCUCUGUCUCUGUCUCUGACACAUUCCAUCCAGGUUGCUGCAGACCCUAGUUUUGAUGCCUGGUCCCAGGUGUGGAAACCCUGUCCAAGGGACUGCAGCGAAAUCCCAUCUCCAGAUGAAUGGGCGGUCUAUAGCAAUGUGGAUCAACUGGCCACUUGCAAUCAAACUCUGCGUCUAGACUUUCCUUUGUACAAUCCCUCAAAUCCGGCCAUUCGCGCCUGUUCCGCAUCUCCAAACUACCCAGCUGCCAAGUCUCAGUCUCAGGCCCUAGUCUUGUCUGGGUUUACUGAUCAAGAAGUCACCCUGCAAAUUGGCUGGUGGAAUACGGCUACGUCUUUACCAUCGGCAGGCGUAAAGUCUGCUCUGGAACAUGUCCGAAAGGCGCUCCUAGUCUCAGAGAAUGAGAAACCGACGACUGCGUAUAGCUACCAUGGGAAGUCCCUCAUUGGAGUGUACGCUGGACGGGAGGUUCAGCACUCGGACGCUGCCACCACUGUAUUCCAAGAGUUCACCAGUCAUAUUGAAUCGCAGGAUAUGGUCGGCCGAAUUGCCCUGCAAUAUUGUGGAGAGAAUUCCAAUAAAGCGAUUGGUAUCGUCGUUGAUGCCAGCGGCGACCUCGCAGCUGUGCAGCGCAUUGUCCGGGGCUGGGUCGACGGGGAGUGCCACACCGACUUUGACGGUGUCAAGGAGCUCCCCCAAUCCAUCCUUCAUAUGCAAGAUGGUGCAACAUCGGGCCCCGUCUCCACAUCGUCGAGUCGAGGUGUCACCGGAGAAGGCCGCUUGCAUUCUGAUCGAGGGCGGGCUCAUUCCCAUCAACGACGAGCCAUUUGCCGUACGAUCCAGGUUGUUCCUGGAGACUCCUGUGGGGCGCUGGCCGAGCGGUGCGGACUCUCUCCGGCAGACUUUACCAAGUUCAACCCUGACAAGAAGCUCUGUUCCUCGCUGCAGCCGGACCAGCAUGUGUGCUGCUCAGCAGGUACAUUGCCCGACCUUCGGCCGAAGCCGAACGCGGAUGGAACCUGCACUUCGUAUGUUGUCAAGACAGAUGAAUCCUGCCACAAAUUAGCAGCUGCCAACGGCCUCACGCAGGAGGAUCUAGAGACAUUCAACAAGAACACCUGGGGCUGGAGUGGGUGUGGCCGGAUCCAAGUCCAGCAAACGAUCUGUGUUAGUGAGGGAACGGCCCCCAUGCCCUCGAUUGUCGACAAUGCUGUGUGUGGUCCGCAAGUUCCAGGGACCACAAGGCCAAAGGACAUGAAUGAACUUGAGGGUCUUAAUCCUUGUCCGCUCAACGCGUGCUGUGACGUUUGGGGUCAGUGUGGUAUUACCGACGAGUUCUGCACCGAGAGCAAGUCUUCCACCGGGGCCCCUGGUACCGCGGCUCCCAACACGAAUGGCUGUAUCUCGAACUGUGGUACCGAUAUCGUCAAUAAUAACAAGGGCCCGGAUGAGUUUAUCAGCAUCGGCUACUUCGAGGCGUGGAAUGCUGAGCGUGGCUGUCUAAAUAUGGACGUCACCAGCUUCGAUACCGCCGUCCACACUCAUCUCCAUUUUGCCUUUGCGGAAAUUACAGAGAAUUACGAGGUGGAUGUUUCCAUGGUCCAUACUCAAUUUAAUAAGCUGAAGAGCAUGGGCUCCGUCAACCGUAUCCUGACAUUUGGUGGAUGGUCCUUCUCGACAAGAGCGGAUUCCUUCCCGAUCUUCCGCAAAGGCGUGUCGGCUGAGAACCGAGAGGUCUUUGCCACCAACGUGGCUAACUUCAUUGUGGAAAAUGACCUUGAAGGCGUGGACUUUGACUGGGAGUAUCCUGGAGCUCCUGACAUCCCCGGUAUCCCUCCUGGUGACCGCGAUGAUGGAAAGCGAUAUCUGGAAUUCUUGAAGAUGGUGCGGGAAAAGCUACCCUCUGAUAAAAGCGUGGCGAUUGCUGCCCCAGCCUCGUUUUGGUAUCUAAAAGGCUUCCCGAUCGAGGAGAUUUCCAAGGUAGUAGACUAUAUUGUCUUCAUGGCCUAUGAUCUGCAUGGGCAGUGGGACUACGGCAAUAAGAACUCGAUGCCAGGAUGUCCGGAUGGAGAUUGCCUCCGCUCUCAUGUUAAUCUUACCGAGACGAAUACUGCUCUGUCCAUGGUGACCAAGGCUGGAGUACCAUCGUCCAAGAUCAUUGUUGGGGUGAGUAGCUAUGGCCGGUCGUUCAAGAUGACUGAGCCUGGCUGCUCUGGUCCCAUGUGCACAUACGUCGGGCCCCAGUCCGCUGCGAAGCCCGGGAAAUGCACCACUACAGCAGGCUACAUCUCGGACGCAGAGAUCAACCGAAUUUUGGAAGAGGAUCCCACCGCCAAAAAGACCUAUGAUGUGUCCAGCGACAGCAGCGUCCUUGUCUACGACUCCACGGAAUGGGUGGCUUACAUGGACACUGACAUCAAGAGAAAUCGCACCGAGCACUACCGACAACUCAACAUGGGCGGCGUAUCGGACUGGGCGGUUGAUCUUCAGUCAUUCGCCAACAGUCCUCGGGGUAGCAACAACUCUCCCGAGAACCAAACCGUUGUCUAUGUUGACCCCAUCCUUUGGACGGAAGAGGACCCGCAGGUAAGCUGCCCAGCGCCUUGUGCUCUCGUCCUCCCCAACUAUCCUCUCAGCUCCACCACCGUUAUCGCUCCUCCGCCGCAUGUGACCACGCUGGAUGUGGCCUGGCCAACCCAGACGGAGAUAACCAGGUCCAACGGGGAGGUAAUCACCACCACCACCGUCACACGAAUUCUCCAGGAGACCACCAUUAUUGCUCCGCCAGUUACGGUGAGCGAACUGCCGAUGGCCAAUAUCAAUAUCACUAUUCCACUCGACGACAACGAAACACUGACAAUCCAGCCGAAGCCACGGUUCCCUCCUGUGAUUGUCACUAUUACGAACGAUCCCAACCCAUUGUCACAAACAGGUGUCUUACAUCCUCCAGUGACACGAAGCGUGACUGUGCCCCCCUGGCCCCAGACCACCGUCAUCUAUAUUCCACCUAAGGAACGCACCGAUGAUGAGGAUGAUAACACAAAUACAGAUGACAAAAACAAGGACAAUGAUAACAAGGACGACAAGGAUAAGGACAACAAGGACAAGGACAACAAGGACAAGGACAACAAGGACAAGGACAACAAGGAUAAGGACAACAAGGAUAAGGACAACAAAGAUAAGGACGACAAGGAUAACGAUAACGAUAACAAGGGCAAGGACGGUAGUCAUCACAGGAUCAGGUUCCCACGUAUACCCACAAUCAGGGUGACUCACGGCCCCGGGUCCCCAGCUUGCAAAGGACAGCACUGCGGCAAUCUGUGCUCCGACAGUUUUUGCGGGUGCAAACUUGGCUGCGGUGGUGGUGACAACGGAUUCUCCGAUCCAAGCGACCCCAAUCCUCCCCCAGUGCCCCCCUCUCCAGGGGAUCCCAAGGACAAAGAUUCGUGCACGAGUUCUUCGGUUACAAACUACUGGGUCUCAUGCGACUCCAAGACUGAGGGCCCGACCACAACCUCCUGCACUACCACGAAAAGUCUGGUGGCUGUGGGAUGCGAUGUCACGGCCACUACGACAACCACCGGUGUGGAAUAUUGCCCUACGGUGGACCCCAAUGAUCCCCAGGGAGAAGAUGGCGGCAUAUAUAAGGCCAAGCGCACUAGUGCUGCGAAGACGAAAGAGCCGCCAAAACCUACCACCUCUUCCGAAACGACCACUACCACUACCAAGACCUCGAAGACAUCCUCCCCACCGUCCGCGACGGCCGCUAGCGGCUGCAGUAAGGUUGGCAGCGGGCGCAGCCUGACCCGCCGCUGCUGGAACAAAUGCGACCCAGGCACGGGCUCGCCCGUUGGUGGUGACUGGGCGGCGAACGACCCCUGGUGCUGGAUAGCUGAAAGCGGCAGCAAUUCGUAUGCCAAUUGUUUGAAGCAAUCCGACUGUCCAACUGAUUUUGAAUGCGAGGAAUCAUGGGGUUGCGUUGUUCCACUGUCCGGUGGGUGUGCGCCUCAGGGCGGCAAGACCGGGUUAGGUAAAACCUGCUGGAGCAGCUGCAAUGAGAAAACCGGGAAGCGGACGAAUGAUAAGUGGGAAAAGGGCAUGUCGUGGUGCUGGCUACAGAAUGGCAGAUUUGCCAGCUGCCACGAGGAUGGCGACUGCAGUGCCACCACGGAGUGUGUCCCUGACCAUUGGUCUCACGGUGGAUGCGAUACUAAGAGCAAAGCCUGGGAACUGGAUGAAAGCACAUAG